UUGUGAACAGUUGACAGCAUUAGGUGAGAGGGAGAGGCGUACUCGUUUAUUUCGGCGAGGCGACAGUUGUCCCCAGUGAUAGCCGGAAUCUCGCUGUUUUUGGCAGCCGAGUAGCUAACGAGACACCGCGGGAGGAGACGGUGGCGGCUAGACGUUCGGUUCACUGUAACGUUACUCUGAUAAGUAAUGUCGAGAGUAAAGCAAGUUGUAACGAAAGUUGUUUGGACACCUGCAUGAAAGCGAUGAAGUGGUGCCUGGCGAGACGUGAGAAUAAACCUGCAGUUUCUGAACAUUUCGUGGCAAAGACCCACAGAGACUGAUACAGUCAAAGGACAAGAUGAUGCGAGGAUCCAGAAGAGGCUGUGUGCGACUCAGGGGAGCUGUGAUCGGCAUCGAUGACGAGGACGACAGCACAUUCACUAUCACUGUGGACCAGAAGACUUUCCAUUUCCAAGCCCGAGAUGCAGACGAGCGGGAGAAGUGGAUCCACGCCUUAGAGGGAACUAUCCUCCGUCACACCCUCCAACUCCGGGAGGCUGAGGCAGGAUUUGUUCCGAGUGUUCAAGACUUUGAUAAGAAGCUAGCUGAAGCUGAUGCCUACCUACAGAUUCUGAUUGACCAGUUAAAGCUGUUUGAUGAGAAGAUCAAGGACUGCAAAGACGAUGAAUCACGAAGAAAAAUUGAAAAUUUGAAAGAGACUACCUGUAGUAUGGUAGAGUCCAUCAAGCACUGUAUUGUACUGCUGCAAAUUGCCAAGGACCAAAGUAACGAACAGCAACACGCAAACGGACUUAUAAGCACCAUCAACCCAGUGGAUGGGAUCUACCAGCCCCCUCUGGAUACUCCUGUAGUCAACACCACGAUGCCAACACAGACCACACUUCCAACAGACGCUUCUCAGGUGUGUAAAUCAGACCAACGACCCUCCACAUUACCUGUUGGUCCUGUCGUCACGGUGAUGGGCAGUCUGCAGACUCCAACACCCAACAGCACAGUGAGUGGCCCAUCAGGGCCGAGUAGCAGCGUUGCUUCCCCGGCUCACAUCCCCCUCCCCUCGCACUCGGUGCCAGACUUCUCCUAUUCCUCCAGCGAGGAUGAGUUCUACGACGCUGAUGAGUUUUACCAGAGCAGCACUUCCCCAAAACACUGCAUAGAUCCCUCGGGGCCUGCAGUUGCCCCACCCCUCACUAAUGAAGAAACAGCAUUAAAACGACCAGACACCACCGAGUCCCUCAGCUCGUCCAUGUCCAAUGGUACCACAGAUGCAGAUCCGUUUGAUAGCCAUGACGACCGCGAUGAUGAAGGUGAGGGUGAGUCUGUGGAGGAGCACAAGAGCGUCAUCAUGCAUCUGCUCUCUCAAGUUCGUUUGGGCAUGGACCUCACAAAGGUGGUCCUGCCUACCUUCAUCUUAGAGAGGAGAUCUUUGUUAGAAAUGUAUGCAGACUUUUUUGCACAUCCUGACUUAUUUGUAAGUAUCGCUGAGCAGCCGGAGCCACGGGAGCGCAUGGUUCAGAUGGUAAAAUGGUACCUCUCAGCCUUCCAUGCAGGGAGGAAAGGCUCAGUGGCCAAGAAACCUUACAAUCCAAUCCUGGGAGAAGUUUUCUACUGCCACUGGGACCUGCCCAGCGAGGCAGAGGAGCCCUCCCCACACACGGAGACAGUAUCAGAUGGUCCAGUUCCCUGGUCUUCACCGAGCAGUGUGUGUUUUGUGGCAGAGCAGGUCUCUCACCACCCACCCAUUUCUGCAUUCUACGCAGAGUGUUUAAGUAAGAAGAUCCAGUUCAAUGCUCACAUCUGGACUAAGUCUAAGUUCUUAGGCAUGUCCAUAGGUGUCCACAACAUUGGCCAGGGUUGUGUGACAUGUUUGGAGCAUGAUGAACAUUACAUCCUCACCUUCCCUAAUGGAUAUGGCAGGUCGAUUCUGACUGUGCCGUGGGUGGAGCUGGGCGGGGAGUGCAACAUCUCCUGCUCCAAGUCUGGCUACAGUGCUAACAUUGUGUUCCACACCAAACCCUUCUAUGGAGGAAAGAAACACAGGAUCACUGCUGAGAUUUUUGCACCUAAUGAUAAGAAGUCUUUCUGCUCCAUUGAAGGGGAAUGGAACGGAGUGAUGUAUGCCAAGUGGCCAACUGGAGAGAACACAGUGUUCAUAGACACUAAGAGGAUGGGUAUCAUCAAGAAGAAAGUGAGAAAGCUGGAAGACCAGCUCGAGUACGAGUCCCGAAGAUUGUGGAGAGAUGUGACGCUGAACCUGAAACUGAAAGACAUUGAUGCAGCAACAGAAGCCAAACACCGGUUGGAGGAGAAACAGAGAGCUGAAGCAAGAGAGAGGAAGGAGAACGAGCAGCAGUGGGAGACUAGGCUAUUCCACGAGGACGGGGAGUGCUGGGUCUACGAUGAGCCUCUAUUAAAGAGAUUAGCCUCUCAGAGGCACUGAGAAGACUACACACAAUCUGAUACACACACACACACACACACACACACACAUACAUAGGCAUAAAGAAAUGCACACACAGCAGAGUCUUCAUAAGAACUCUUUUGCAAAACCACUUCUUAUCUAAGCCUUGGAAUGACUGAUGAUUGAAUAUGUACACUGCUUUGCAUUUGACUGUAAAACAACAAUAUGGAAAUGAAUGAAAUCAAAUGGAAAAGCAUCAAAGAUGUAACAUGAAAACUAGUAAAGCUCCUCUCCUUUAUUUGAGCAAUCUCACUUCCACCGCCACUGAUACCCACCACCCGCCAACAUGAGACUCGGCAGCGCAGAGAGGAGACGGGAGCAUCGACGCGUCUCGUCUCUCAACUCUGCCCAUCAGCUUCACGACCACACCUAUCAUCAAGCUCCACACGACAAGCCAGAACAGCACUCAUUUACCUACACACGUGGUAGGGGUGUGUGGUUGAUGGUGUUCAAAUCAAAUAAACCUUGACAAAUAAAACAGCGCUCUACAUCUCAGGGAAUCGGGUGACUGAGGAAAAAAAGCUGCUGCCCCCUCCGAGAGUCUGACAGCCUUAUAACGGUGGAACGGAUGAAUCUUAAAGGGGCAGGGGAGAAAUUCUCUGCUUGCCUGCAACUAGUUAUAACUGUUGUUUAUAUAUAGAUAUGAUAUACAUAUGAUGGAUAUAUAAAUAUAUAUUCUUUUUUUAUUUUCAAUGCUCUUUUUGUUUAUUUUUCUUUCUGGCAAUAGUGUAAAAUAUUUGAAGAUAUGAACUUGAUGGCUUUACAUCUUUAGGAAUCAUUCCAUUUACCCUUUUGAUGUUCUGUUUAAAAGUUAACUUGCCACCUAUUUGGUCCUUCACACUGUUCUGUGUCUCAAGUGUUAUCCAGAAGCAAAGCCCCGCAUAAACCCUAAGCAUAGAUUUAUCGAAUAUAUGCAAUUUAGAUAGAAAUCAUUUAUGUUGCCUGUCAGGGGACAAAUUUGGAUGUCUAUUAUGCCAAAAAGGUUUAGAGAAAAGACGAAAGGGACUUUGAUCUGGAAAGAGAACAAACAAUCCUUUAAAAAUGUUUCCAUGUUACCUGAAGGAAUUUAUGAACAAAUGAUUGUUUACAUAUUUUUGUCUUUCUGGAUCGCUGGUCCAUGAUGAGGACGUAAAGCUAGGAAUGAGUCUGUGAAGUCUCCCUUUUGUUCUGCAAAUCACCUGUCGUCAUGUCCCCUCCACACCCGCUGAUGUCAGAGUGGAUCGCCUUGAUGUCCGCUCUCGUGUUGUCAAGGGGGUGAGGAGAGUGAAAAUGAGGAACCAGAGUAGACUUUUGAAACAGUGCUGCUGUUUCAUAGUGCUGCUAGAGUCCAGACUGCGUCCUGCCAGUUAAAUUUUCUUGUAAUCUUAAUUUUUUGUCCAGUGUUUCUCAAGAUAAGAACCACAUAGAGGGCAAUAUUUAUCCUACUGUAUACCUGGUUUUUUGAACCAUCAUUCAUUCUCUUAUUUACAGCUGCAUAGGUUGGAUCUAAAUGCAGUCAUAUUUGGAUUAGAUACAGAAAUAAAAAAAAAAAUUUUCACCUGAAAAUGCCUAAGAAUUUCUCUUAACGCUGUAGCAAGCUCAUAACAGACCCCAUUGUUAUCUGUGUGGUUAAGAUUUAACUAUUGUCUCUCGUACAUAUUUGGCCAUUGUGUUGAGUGAGCUGAUUGAUUCAAAUGAAUAGUAAAAGACCUUUUGAGUCUUAAAUUCAAUUAAUCUGGUAAAGGGACCUAUAAAGACAUAUUCCUGGUGCUGUAUGCGUAUCCAGUGACACACUAGGUGAAAAUACAUAUGCCUGUGGUUGUGCUGUUGAAUUUAAUCCUCUUUUUAAUGCAGACGAAAAUUACUUUAGAAACGAUCCAAAUGAAAUUCAGAGUCCAAGCAAAAUUGGAAGCGAUUACUUUAUUUCUUCCUGCGUGUUUUGUCUUUGUAAGUUAUAUUGAAUCGAGGCCUUGCGCUACAUUUCAGUAUCACUCAGAAUUGCCCGGAGGAGAGCAAUCAAAACAAAUGUACUUUUUAUUUCCUUCUGAUCAUAACCAUUGAUUGUAUCAGAUCCUCCUGUUUAUUGAUGCAUAAUAUUAAAUCUCCAAGAGUUUAUUCCUGA